AUGAUUGACUGUCUCCCUGACAAUUGGCCUACUAGUCUCUUUAUCUGCCCCUUCUUGGAUUGUGUAUACGAGCUUCUGACAAACCAAGAUGUGACGGGUCCCAAUGGUGAGAAUAUCUCCUUGCCCCAUCCAACCAACCCCUUCAAGUUCAGACCAGAUCCAGAAGACAAACCCAAUUUUGUCAGUGAAAUGCAUCAUGGCACCUGGUGGCGUGACACCAUGGAAUUAAAGUGUGAUGAGGGGAAAAGGGAAAUGCUCGUGCCCAUCAUACUGUAUGGGGAUGAAAUCAACACGGACAAGCAAGGAAAGCAAACAGCCUGUACCUUCAACUUGACACUUGGACACUGA